AAAUGUAAUACUAGAAAACAAAAAUUUGUUUACUUCUCAAUAUUAUGUUAUUGUUAUUUAUUAUUAAUUCUUUUCCUCCCAAAACAGAGCCGCAUCUUUCUCUCCCUCCCAAACGCUGCCGGACCCGUUCUGGUUUCGACAGCGUUAACCGGCCUCCUCUAUCUUUUAAGCUUGAAAAAGACGGCGACGAUAGAGAUAGAGAAGAGAAUGGAAGCACAAAAGUAUGUGUGGGACGGGGCGAUUCCUCUUCAGAUCCAUCUCCACGAAUCCCAAGUCACCACUCUGCCUCCUCCUCCACCUGCCCUGAUCUUAGCUCCACGAAUCGGGUAUCUGCCGCUUUUAGCUUCUUUGCUCAAGCCUUAUUUUAGCAGCACACUUCCUCCCGGCGUUGAUACCAUUUGGUUCGACUACAAUGGCCUCCCUCUCAAAUGGUACAUACCAACUGGGGUUCUUUUUGAUCUUCUUUGCGCCGAGCCUGAAAGGCCUUGGAAUCUCACUGUGCAUUUUAGAGGAUAUCCGGGAACUGUAUUGAUACCCUGUGAAGGUGAAGAUUCUGUGAAGUGGAGCUAUAUAAACUCAUUAAAAGAGGCAGCAUAUAUAAUGAAUGGAAAUUGCAAGAAUGUUAUGAACAUGUCUCAGUCUGAUCAGCUGGAGCUUUGGCAUUCUGUCAUGAAUGGUAAUUUGGAAACAUACCAACGAGUGUCAUCUAAGCUUAAACUUGCAACGGUUGAGGAUGAGCAUACAAGUUUGUGUUCGUCAAAAUCUCAACAAGGUUUUGGGGAGACAGAUUUGGCUGGACAAGUUAAGACUGGUAGAGUUCCAGUCAGGUUGUAUGUAUGGAGUGUAAGCGAGGAUUUUGAUGAUUUGGAAGACAUGCCCAAAGUUGAUAGUUGGGAGAAGAUCUCUUACAUAAACCGACCUGUUGAGAUCCACAAAGAAGAUAAAUGCUUCACUUUACAUGAUGCAUUGAAAAUUCUUGUGCCGGAAUUUUUUUCAAACGAUUUAAUGAAUGUAAAAUCAGCUGGAGUAGAUUUUGAGGAUGCACUGAGAAUUCCCUCUGAAGAUGUGAGCAGUGAUAAAGUUGUGGAAGACCACGUACAAAACGCAUAUGAACACCGAGAGGCUUGCUCCAUUUCCAGUAGUGCUGAAAUCAAGCUUAUCCGUAUACAGGGUAUUGAACCAAAGUUAGAGAUACCCUUUUCUUGGGUGGUAAACAAUUUAAUGAAUCCAGACUAUUUCCUUCACAUCUGUGUCUGUGUCAAAGUUCCACAGCAAAAUUCCACAUGAAAGGAUAUACGUGAAUAUAUAUAUAUAUUUUUCCCUUUUAGCGUCUUUUCUUAGCAAAAGAACUCAUUUAUAUUGUGAAUAAUAUUGAUUACAUCUUUGUGUUGGCAACAAGAAAAAGAAAUGGCAACCAUGGCCG